AUGGAUCGCGAAAUCAUGUACGACUCUGAUGACGACGAUAUCGGGGAAGAUCUAGAUGACUUAAGACGCGCAUGUAUCGUCUCCGAUUCCGAUUCCAAUUCUGGCGGAGUGUUGCAGUCGGAUUCUGAAAACGAAGACGAUUUCGAGAUGCUUCGAAGCGUCAAAACCAAAUUAGCUUCGUCCCCGGAUCAUCCGAUGGGUUUAUCAUCACUGCCCUCUGAUUCAGACAGCCAAGACGACUUCGAGAUGCUUCGGAGUCUUAAGAGACAAUUGGCACUUCCCAUGGACCAAGAAGACGAAGAUGAUGAAACCCUUUUCGCUAUUUGCAAGCGAUUCUCUUCUUAUGAAAACUCAGGUGUGGAAGGAACUUUGAUGAAUGAGUCUUCUCCCAAGCAGGUACAUGCCUCGUGUAAUGAACCUUCAAGCGAAAUAUUGAGUAGGUCUAAUACUUGUGAAAGCUUUUCAGAGGAUUUAGAAGCUUCCGUCGAGCCUCCUCUUACCCUAGCUUCUGCAAGUUCAAGUACUUUCCCUGAAUCAGCACAAGCGUUUGUCGACGCGAUCAGGAAGAACAGGGCGUAUCAGAAGUUUCUUCGAUCAAAACUGGGAGAAAUCGAAGCGACGAUUGAGAAGAACGAGAAGCUUCAGAAAGACGUUAAGAUUAUUGAUGGUUUCGCGGUUUCUUGCAAGAGGAGGAUGAAGCAGCAUGCGUUUUCUCAGGGUAAAGAUCCACGUUUCGAACUAAUCUCAAUACGAAGGCCUAGGACUCAUGAUAGCUCUGAGGGUACUAGUGAAAAGACAUCUACUUUGACGUUGGGUCCAUUAGAAAAUCCUUGUGUUGCAAGUUAUAGGAUGGCACUAGAGGAGUAUCCAGUUUCAGUGUGUCGCACGAAUUGGUCUGCUAAGGAGAACGAAGAUCUUGCGAAAGGUCUCAGACAACAGCUUCAAGAAACACUCAUUCGUGAAGCUACUGAACGGUCCAGUGAUUUGGAAGGAUGUUCAGAUGAUAUAGACAGCAUUCUUGAAUCGGUAAGUAAUCUUGAGAUCACACCAGAAAUGAUUAGGCAGUUUCUUCCGAAAGUUAAUUGGGAUCAAUUAGAUAUCAAGAACCGUUCUGCUGCAGAAUGUGAAGCCCGGUAA